UGGCUGUCCCAUCCCCCUGCAGGUUGUGGCAGCAGCACGCUGAGCUAUGACCUCUUCCAGCUGGGCUACACGGACAUCACCAGCAUCGACUACUCGGCCGUGUGCAUCGAAGCCAUGCGUGCCCGCUACACCCACUGCCCCGGCCUGCACUGGGCUGUCAUGGAUGCCCGUGACCUGCGCUUCCCCGAUGGCAGCUUUGACGUGGUGCUGGAGAAGGGCGUGCUAGAUGCCAUGGUGGCGGGUGAGGCUGACCCCUGGCACGUGUCGCCCCAGGCCACAGCCCUGCUGGACCGAGUGCUGAGCGAGGUGAGCCGGGUGCUGCGGCCCGGUGGGCGCUUCGUGUCCAUCAGCUUUGCGCAGCCACACUUCCGGAAGCCGCACUACGCACAGCCGGCCUACGGCUGGUCCCUGCGCCAUGAGACCUAUGGCACCGCCUUCCACUACUUCCUCUACACCAUGGUCAAGGGUCAGGCCCUGGCGCCCGCUGACCUGGCACUGGGCCGCAGCCUCCACGAACCUCCCUGCCCCACCGGGCCACCUCAGCUGCCACCCAGCCCCAUGGCUGACACUGAGGACUUCCUCUACGCCAUCGAGCUGUGAGGCAAGGAGCUGUGUCCACAGGGCUGACUGCAGCUGCCAGACCAUGUGCCAUGGGCCAGAGCCUGGCCCCACCUCUGUGCCUUGCCUGUCACUGGAGCCCAGUGCCCACUGGGACCCUGGUUUGGGGUUGGACUUUGCAGCCAGCUCAAUAAAGCAGGUUUCUUUUCUGACGUC